UUAUAGCCUAAGGUAUCAUACAACUUAUUCAAAUGUGUAGAAUCCUACUAUUUUUCAUUUUUUGUUCAAUUUUCAAUACGGAAUCCAUUAAAAUUGGAUCAUUCAACAUUCAAGUGUUUGGACAAAAUAAAGUUUCUAAAAAGGAUGUCCUGUUAAUACUAGUCAAGAUAUUAUCUCGAUAUGAUUUAGUUGUAAUACAAGAAAUUCGUGAUUCUAAAAAUACUUCAUUCAAACAACUAGUCGAAGAAUUAAAUAAAUAUACUAAUGGGAUAUAUAAGUCUUUAUUAAGUGAAAAACUUGGCCGAACAAAGUCAAAAGAACAGUAUGGUUUGAUCUACAAACCCCAUUUAAUUAAAAUUGGUAAAACUAUCACUUUUCCCAACGACAAGAAUUGGUUUGAAAGACCUCCGAUGGGUGUUCAAGUGCUUGGAAAUACUUCUGCUAUUCCAAUAUUCGCUUUAAUUAUUGUACAUUUGGAUCCAGAUAGUGUUUACGAUGAAGUAAAUCAUCUCUACACAUCUGUUCAGAAUAUUAUGAAAAUCUGGCAAACACAGAAUAUUCUCAUUCUUGGAGAUAUGAAUGCUGAUUGUGGUUAUUUAUCAAGGAAGAAAAUGAAACAGAUUCAGUUACGCAAAGAUACAGAAUUUAUUUGGGCUAUUCCAGAUCAUCAUGAUACAACUGUAGGCAAAGGUGAUUGUGCGUAUGAUAGGAUAAUUAUACAUGGUAGAAAAUUAAAACAAUCAGUUAAGCAAGGCAGUGUAAAAGCUUAUCAUUUUCCAAGUGAUCUACAACUUGAUAAUAAAAUGGCAAAACAAGUUAGUGAUCACUAUCCAGUCGAGGUGGAGAUUCUAUGAAGACGUUACCUGUAAACUUAACUGUAAGCCUAACACAAAUAGGCAACCAUGCAAGCAAGGAUAUAAGGAUGGUUCAAUGCAAUAUACCACUGUCUGUAAAGUUUUUAUCUUUUUAACUAAUGAUAAUUGCUGUGUAAAAGUAAAAAUCUAAUUCUCUUACAGUAUUUACUAAGAGAAUGCCAAGCAGCGAUAUGCAGGCAGUCAACAGUUAAAACGUCUCCCUCUCGUCACCUGAUUACACAGACGCUGACCUAAUCGUAGGAGAAUUUUCAUAAGACCUAGAAUAUGCAGAUGAUAUAGUCCUGUUAGGUGAACACGCUGACAAUAUACUGAGUCUUCUGAACACUUUACAGCAAUUAGAGAAUGUUUUGGAUGCGUUUCUCACCACCGAAAUGAAAAUUGUUGCUCCAGGAUCGGUCUUCAACGAGGCCACGGCUAACAAUAGAGUGUAGUGAUUGAGUGUCGACCACACUUUACUUACCUGGGAAGUAG